CGUUCUCUCGGGACAUAUAUUAGCAACGGAACCACACGGAAGUGAAGCACUGUCGCUUAUGCUGCCUCUAACAAUCCUUUGGUUGAUGCCACCCUUACCCACAAUCUCCCUCAAAUCGUGACCCUACAUUUGACAACAUGACUCAAAAUCACCUACCAGGUAUGGAGUCGUCCGCCAUCUCUGUGCUAAAGCGGGCGGUGGAGUUGGACCAGAGUGGCCGCUUCUUGGAGUCUCUCGUCUGCUACCAAGAAGGCAUUCAGUUGCUGUUAGACGCCCAAAAAGCAGUGAAGGAUGAGUCGAAGAGAGGACAUUACAGGGAAAAAAUAAAGGGUUAUAUGGACAGAGCAGAACAAAUCAAAGCUCACGUGAACAAGACGAAAGAAGAGGGAAAGUACCACGAGCAGGUCAGGAUAGAGGAAGAUGCCACAGGUUACAGUUACGAGGCCGUCUUCAAGCCGUACAUCAGCGGUGCUCUUACAGAGGUCUGGGUGGAGGAUCCUUACAUACGACACAUUCAUCAGGUGUACAACUUCUUGCGGUUCUGUGAGAUGCUCCUCAAAGCGUCAUGCAAGGUGAAGACCAUACAUCUCCUCACGUCACCCGAAGAAGAUGGUGGCCAACAGGCAAGCUGCAUGGCCGAGCUGAAGCAGAGCCUCGGCGCUCACGGCGUCGCUCUUGACCUGCGGUACUCCACCUCCAUCCAUGACAGAGAGAUCAGGUUUGAUAACGGUUGGAUUGUCAAGAUCGGAAGAGGGCUGGAUUACUUCAAGAAGCCCAAAGGACGGUUCUCGAUUGGAUACUGUGACUAUGACCUCAGGCAGUGCCACAAAACCACAGUAGACAUUUUCCAUACAAAACACACCAAAGUCCUCUGAGGCACACAGUCACUUACAUUUAAUUAUUAUUAUUGACUUGUACAAAUGCAUCUAUUUUUGUUAUGAAUGUUAUAUUGUAAAACAAAUCAUGCUAAAAAUUUAAUUAAGCAGAAGAUUUGUAUUUAAAUGAAUUUAAUCUGGUGCCUUUUUUUUUUUAUCAUGCUCUUAAAAUGGGGAGAACAGUGGAUUGCUUGCUUGGUAAAAUAUUGUAAAAAUAACAACUCUUAAUAUCUGCAUAUUUUAUUGUAAAGAUAGAUUUUUUUAUUUACAUUAAAUUGAUUGAAUUAAUGUCAUUUAAUUUAGAUUUACUUACUAUUAAAUGUGGUAUAAUGUUAAAAAUACACAAUUGUAUUGAUUUACAGUAAGAAUGGUGUAAAUAUAUGUCACUAGUUUGUGAUUUUACAAAGUAUAAACUAAACGGUUAGGUGUCUAUAUAAAUGUUUUUUUUUUUUUAUUACCCAAAGCAUUUGUUUGUGUAGGCGUCUCUUAUACUGUGGCCUAUUGACGUUGUCUGGAAAAUGUGUGAAUGAACCAUGAGCCGUGAGAGUUGAAACGGCGUCGUGAUCGGAUUAUCUCUCGGCCUUAAUCCCCGAUAUGUCAUCUGCAUGCAUGUGGUCCACCGGGGGAAAUUAUAAUCCCGGAAAGGGGCGCAUGCAUCGAGCAGGAUGGUGGAGCCGCCACCAAAAAAAAAGAUAUAUUAACACAAAGAACCUUAAGCGUUACAGCUCGAUGUAUUGGGGUCACUGGCCUUAAUGUGGAUCGAUAACACGCAUUGAUUCCAUGAAUAGUCAUAUUCAGCAAAACAUAGAAGUCUCACUGAGGUAAUCCACAACAACAGCUGGUUUGGUGCAGAUUUAUGUGAGGACCAGAAGCCUUAUCGGGAGAGACGCCUGCACACGUGAACGAAAACGAAAUAUAAAUAAUGUGGACGUGCUCCCCAAGUGCUUCAGGUUCUUUAAUAAUAUUUUUGCAAAUAUGAUUUUAAAGAAAUAUGAAAUCAUGGCUAUUUUGUUUACAUAAAUCUACGUUUCAAUAAUGGUAUGGUGAAGGUAAAUGAUGAAAGAAAAACGCUUUUAACAUAUGAAAUCAUUUUCACUGAAUAGAAAUAUUGCCAAAUUACUAUAUAAAGUGUGUAUAACAUGCAUAUGUUCCUAUACAAAUAUUGUAUAUACAUGAAGAUGUGAUUAUGUUUUCUGAAAGCAUUUUUCAAAUAAAUAAAUAUGCUUACCUGA